AUGGGGGGGUAUCAAGCCCACAUCUCUCACAGUUCAACAGGAACCUCUCGCUACACCAGCGUCCGUUUCGACAUGAAGGGCAGGAUCCCUGUGCUGCUGCUGGCCGCCUUCUUCCUGGGGGCGGCGGAGGCCCAGGGCGAGAGCGGCAAAGGCGGCUGGGGGGAGCCCAUCCAGUUCAGCACCAAGGCAAAGGAGGCGUGCUCCAUGGCGGUGAGCGUGCAGGGGGAGGCCACCAAGCUGAGGAUCACCUGCAGGAGCGCCAACAAGACAUACUGGUGUGAGUACCUCGGCAAACCCACGGCGUGUCGCGCCUACAACGCCAAUCCCAGGCACUACUUCACCCAGAUCAUGUGGGAGCUCCGCAAGCUCAGUAACGCGUGCGAGGGCCGGCAACAGCUCAAGCCGCAGAUGUGCAAGAGGGCCACGGACGAAGCCCAGAUGAUCUUCACGACGGCAGGCUCCAAGCCCGUCGCCCAGAAGCCAGCGAAAACCCCUCAGGAGAGGCCCCCGGCCCAAGCAAAACCCGAACCAGCCAAAACCACAACGCUCAGACCAGAUACGGUCAAGCCAGUUCAAGUUAAACCUGCCCCAGUCAAACCAGAGCUACCCAAGCCGAUCCAACCUAAGGCAGAGCCCGCCAAGACCAUCCCAGCCAAGCCAGCCCCGGUUCUGCCUUCUCCGGUCCAGCCCGAGCAAGCUAAGACAGCAGUAAGAACCAACACCAAAAAACUGCUUCCAAGACCCUCCAAAACAACAACACCAGCCAGACCCACGGAGGUGACUACUAAAGAAAGUGCAAAGGCCAUAGCUGAAGAUUACUGCUGGGAGUCCCUCCAGGGCAUCUGCGCCACCGUCAUUGGCUGGUUUCACAGCUAAACGCCACGCUUUAGGUCCCCAGCAAAACAAUACUUGAAAUCUUCCACGCGUCUGACUCAGUCUGAGUACGCUGCUCCCCGGGCAUUUUUUUCUUCUUAAAAGUUUGACAUGGACGUCAUCUGACGUCACCACUUUGUCCGCUCAUAAUUCACAUCACAAUUUCCGCAGUUUUGCUUCGCCAUCUGACCGGAAAUGCUAGCAGAGAGUGCUACAGGAGUAAAGGACGUGUUUAACGUGCGGAUUCACUCCCGUUUUAUAUAUGCAAGCACUGAGGGCGCUAAACACCUCAGACAAUAAUGGCUAUAUGAAGGAUGUAAAUACAUUUGUAUGCGUGUCAGACGUGAAACUGAAUAAGGUGUACAGAAAACACUACGUCUCAAAGUGUUUCAUUGAUUUUUUUUAUUGUAUUAAGUAUUAAUGUAUUAGCGUGUUUUUGAACAAAUAGUCUAAAUGUAAAUGAUCAAUUCUCUGUACUGUGUUAAUAAUAAUUCAGAAAGGUGCUGUUCGCAUAUACAAUUUUUUUUUAUUAAACUUGGAAACACACUUUUAAAAUAUGAGGGGAAAAUGUGCAUUUUAGAAAUAUUUCUAUGUGAUUCAUUUAGUGGCAGGCAGGUGGCGCUGUUGUAGCAGGAGUUGAGCCUCCUUUCCCACUCAUGCUAAAUCGAUUUUCCUUGGCAGGGUUUGAAAGUUCAGUAUCAGAAAUGCAGUAUCCACUGCCCAGAAUACAUUUUUACUUAUCUGAUAUGAUUGAUUCAUUUUCAUAAGUAAAACUCAAUUAAAAACUAAUGUGGUUCUUCCAGUGUAUCGAUUCAUUACUGAUACUUAUUUCAUGCACUUUAUUAAGAAGUUACACGUAUUACAUUCAGCCUUUACACAACAAUAAUUCAUAAACCAUUGCAAAUAAAUUGUAAAACAUCUUUAAAUUAUAACGCUGCUCUACAUUUCUCACUGCUUACUCAGGAAAUGUACUUUUAAAUGAAUGGGAUUUCAUUACAAACAUCAAAGGAUCAAAUACAUUUAACAGUGCUACUAUGCGUUAAGAUGGCAGGGAUGUGUGUCUCAUUAACGCGGGGAGGUUAUUCCGGGCUCCCUACCCCAUCUGUAAAAUCACGCACGUCUGCGUGUGCACUGCAUUUCUGAGCACGGUUUCCUGCACUGCAUUUCUGAGCACGGCCCGAUCCGUCCAUCCGAGAAAUGUCCGGGCGUGGAUCUCACCUGUGAGGCUGCGCCUCCUGGAGACCUG